AUGGAGAAUGUUAGCAUGAAUGAUGUGAGUGAACUUAUUUUGGGGAUGUUAUUCAAUUCAGAACAAGAUGCAUAUGAUUAUUACAACAGUUAUGGACGGACAAUGGGGUUUAGUGUUAGGAAACACUUUCUGAAUAAGAGCAAGAAAGACAAGAUGACCAUAACAUUUAGGGGAUUUGUCUGUUCAAAACCUAGUUGUCGGUUGAGUGACAAGCGAGACAUCAAUAUUGUUAACCCCCGAGCUGAGACAAGAACAAAUUGUCAGGCACGAAUGAACAUAUAUUUGGUUGAUGAUGAAAAAUACAAAUGCUGUGACUUUGUGAGGGAACAUAAUCAUGAGCUUCAUAUUACAGCAACAGUUCACAUGAUGCAUUCACAGAGGAAUAUGUUAGACAUACAUAGGCAGGAAAUUGAUUUGGCAGAUGACUCAGGGAUCAGGCCUAGAUCCACAGUUGAGUUGAUGGGUAGGCAAGUUGGUGGGAUAGGAAACCUGAGUUGUUUGACCCAAGAUGUUAGGAACUAUCUCCGCACUAAAAGACAACGUGCCUUGACAUAUUGUGAAAUGAUCAUUGACUACGCACAAUUUGGAGAUGUAGUCAGCUUUGACACUACAUUUCGCACCAAUAAAGAGUGUAGGCUGUUUGGGUUGUUUGCUGGAUUCAAUCAUCAUAGAGGGUGCACUGUAUUCGGGGCUGCGCUUUUAUAUGGUGAGAUAGUGGAAUCUUUCGAAUGGUUGUUUGAUGUAUUCGCUGAAGCACAUAGUGGAAAGAAGCCUAUAACUAUAUUUACGGACCAAGACAAAGCUAUGAGAUGGACACGAGGAGCAAGAACUAUGGUGGUCAAUGACAGUAGGGGGAAAAAAGUUGAACAAGAUGUCAACUUGGAUUGUACGCAACGGUAUAAGCAUAUUUGUCCUGAACUUAUUCAUAUAGCAUUAGAAGCUUCAAAUACAAUUGAGGGAUACAAUUUGGUGAAAGAUGCUGCGAAUGAAUUAAGGUUGAAGCUUGGUAAUAUUAUAAUCAACCCAGUUGAUUGCCCUGAUAUGCCAAUAUUGCCUGAUUUCUCUGAUGAUGAUUCUAUUUCCCAUAUAUCAUCUCAAGCAUCUGUAACUCAUCAAUCACUGGAUGAAGAUUAUAAUUAG